AUGACGUGUGAGGAAUGUGGGAAUGUUGGCCACAUGGGGAUCAAUUGCCCUGGAACCCAGGAGGACACAUCGUUCAUCAACAACAGGUUCCGCCAACAACAACAAGGUAAUGGGUGGAACAACCAGAACUGCCCCCAAGGUAAUUACUCCAGUUUUAAUUCCUCCCAGCCUUCGCUGAAAGAUCUUAUGCUAGGUCAGGCCAAAAUCAAUGAAAAUCUUGUUAAAAAGCUUUCUAAAAACGAUCAAAUGUUUGUCAACAUAAAUACAAAGCUUGAUGGCCUGACCCUUUCUGUUAGAGAUCAGCUAGCUUUUAAUAAGAAGAUUGAGUUAAAAGUAGCUCAGCUUGCUUCUACCGCUAAAGUUGUUGUUUCUCCUGAUUCUGUGGAAAAUGUAAAUGCGGUGACCACAAGAGGGGGUAAGACCACUCGUGAUCCCCCUUAUCCUAACCAUAAGACAGGAAGGGCGCCACGACAACAGGAGGAAACACAGGCAGAAGGGCUGGCUCAACCAUCAGAAGAAUCCAUGGAGGAUGAUCCGACCCCAAACAACUAUGGGGACACCACGAUGCUACCCUUUCCUACAAGAGAAAGGAGGAAGAAGAAGGACAGAAAUGAACAGUUCCUCCACUUUGUGGAGAUGGUCGAAAAGACGCACCUCAGUGUACCAUUGAUGGAUGUCUUGCAUAUUCCGUCCUACUCCAAGUUCAUCAAGGACAUCAUCAACAAGAAGCGACCAUUUCCGUCCACUGAAGUUGUGAAGCUGAUAGAAGAAUGUAGCGCAGCUAUACUCAAGGAGCUGCCCGAGAAGAAGCAGGAUCCUGGGUGCCCCACAAUCUCUUGCUCAAUUGGGGCCCAGCAAUUUGACCAUUGCCUAUGUGAUUUGGGGGUGAGUGUGAGCGUCAUGCCGAAAUCAGUCUUUGACAGGUUGAACUUCACCAACUUGGAGCCAACCACCAUGACACUCCAAUUGGCAGACUCGUCAGUCCAGUACCCGAUAGGGAUUGCUCAAGACAUCCCUGUCAAGAUCAUAGGAUACUAUGUUCCAGUGGAUUUUGUGGUGCUCAACAUGGAGCUCACUAAAGAAACACCACUAAUCCUAGGAAGACCAUUCUUGAGUACGGCUGGAGCAUAG